AUUAUAUGGCAUCUCAAUAAUAAUAAUAAUAAUAAUGUACUUAAUAGCAACCAGUAUAAUAAAAAUAACCUGUUAGAUAACAGGAUGUUAAAACUCAAUUAAAAUAACUUUAUGAUAAAUCAAGUAUUUAAUUUGAUGAUGAAACAAUUGAAUUGUGUCCAUAAAUUUAAGUCUUGAACAAUCUAGUUAAGUAAUAUUAAUAAAUAUAUAAAGAUACGAGAAUCGAAUAGAUUAAAUGAUAAAAAACAAGCGAGUUGAUUUAUAAGAAUCUUUUAUUUAGCCAGGAUAAUAUCUUAAAAAGACUCUCAGAAUCAUUGUCUACUCUGAAUUAGUUUGUGAUGAAUGGAAUCUUUUUAUCAAAGGAUAAGUGAUAUCAGAAGACAAGAAACCUUUCUCAUAUUUUAUCAGAUAACUUGAAGUCUAAUUUGAUAAAACAUAUUAUCCCUCCUAAAAUGUUAUUUAAUGGAGCAGAAAUCAUAUUCAAUAAUAAUAACAACAAUAAUAAUCUUAAUAAUAAUAGCAAUAAGAAACAAGCGGGUUUCAUAUAAAAAGAAAAGGGCCAGCAUGUGAUGUGAUUAUAUCCAUAAGUCUAUAAACCUAUCCAUAAAAGUAUAAAUUGCAUAAAACAUUGUAAUAAUUACUUGGAAUUAAAGAAGGAACAAGAUCUUAAAUCUUGUAUUGCUUUUGGGAAUAUGUUAAGGUAAAAAGUCUUUAUUGAAUCAUUAGUUAAAUAAUUUGACAGAUAAGGAGAGCAAAGAUUAUAUAAUUGCUGAUGAACAAUUAAAACAACUUUUUGGUUAAGAACGUAUUCCAUUAUCUAAUCUUAAUAUGUUAUUAAAAAAUUUUAUAGAAAAUCCAGAACCAAUUGUUAUUAAACACCAUUUAGGAGUUAGCAAUUAUAUUGGAUUUGAUGUUGUGGUUGAAUAAGAAAUGAGUUAUUAACCUGAAUUGAUGCCAUUCUUAGCUCAAAAAGUUGUUACAGAAGAUACUUCAGAAAAGAAAUAAUAAAGAGCAGAACAUCCAUUUAUAUAGUUAAAUUAAAAAAUUAAAGGAUUUGAAAAAUAGAUUUAAAAAUACAUAGAAUAAAGCAAGAGUCAUAAAUUAAAAAGAGAUGCAUAUUAUUAAUAUUAGAAGAAUCCAAGUUUAUUUUUGGAAAACUUAUUUUUACAAUAAAAUUCUUAUUUGGAACUUAUGUAAAAUGACGAUGAAAUGAGAAAUGAAGAUCCUAAAAAUAUGAAAUUCCUUAUGAAAAAUUAAGAAUUAGUAGAAAGAUAGAUUCGUAAAUAUUUGGAAUAGUAAUAAUAACCUUAAUAAUGA